UAGCUGAUUAGUUUCUCUAAUUAAGUGACGAGUGUGCGAAAAAAAAAAAGGAACAGGACGUUGAGGUUUUUGGACUCGGGUCGUAACUCGUAACUGAACGAGAAUCUGCGUCGUCAUUAUUUCUCUGCAGAAGAGCUUCAGCGAUCCCCGCGUCUCUCCCUCCUCUUGUUUUCAGUUAAUUCCGCAGAUGCAUGAAUGAAGUUUAUCCCAAAAAAAAAAAAAAAGAUGCAUGAAUGAACCCAACUGACGUUCCUCCUAGGGUUUCGUUUCUCCCAACUACUUUCAAUUGCCUCACGAAAUUUCUUUAGUGGAUCCAUUAUUAUGGGUGUCUCCUUCAAGGUCUCAAAGACUGGCUCUAGGUUUCGCCCAAAGCCUCUUCUAUCCGAAGCUUCCGAGGACGGCGCGUCGGAAAAUUCCAAGUCUAGCUCCCGAGCUGUUGCCUCCAAGAACGAAUUCUCACGACGAGGGCCCCAGAACAAUCUUGUUGAGUCUGGUGAUAAGAUUGCUUGGGUGCCUGAUGUGUCCAUUUCAUCUGGCCCUAUUUCAAUUGCAGAGGGUGAAGCUUCUUUCACAUUGAACCUGUUUCCAGAUGGUUAUUCUAUCAGAAAACCAUCGGAGAAUGAGACAGCAAAUCAAUCUACAUAUCAAGAGUUUCCAAAGCUGUUACAUCCCUAUGAUAGGAUGUCAGAAAGUUUAUUUUUGGCUAUAGAGUCAGGCCAUUUGCCUGGAGACAUUCUUGAUGAUAUACCAUGCAAGUACGUUGAUGGAGCACUUAUAUGUGAGGUGCGUGAUUAUCGAAGAUGCUCUUUUGAUAAAGGGUCUGGGCUUGCUUCUACUGAUGUUUCCCCUACUGUCAGUAAAGUUCGUCUCAGGAUGUCAUUGGAGAAUGUUGUGAAAGACAUUCCUUUGAUUUCAAAUAAAUCUUGGACUUAUGGUGACUUCAUGGAAUUUGAGUCCAAGAUACUGAAAGCAUUACAACCACAACUCCAUCUAGAUCCUACUCCCAGGUUAGAUCGACUAUGUGAUGGUCCAGUUCCCACAAAGCUCAAUAUAAGCCUCAGUAGUUUGCGGAGAAAGCGAUUAAGGCAGAUUCCAGAAUUUACUGUUACUUCUAGCCAUAAAAUCCAUGGCAAGAAAGUUUGCAUAGAUAGAGUACCAGAAAGCUCAACCACAAGGUUGGUAGAGCCUGGAAUCAUUGCUUCUAAUGCUAUACAGCAGACCCAUGAAAAUCUGGCUGCACAAGAUCUUGGUGCAAGCAGUGCCAUGUCUUUAUCUAAAAGCUUUGUAUCAGAUCCCUCGAUAUCUGGUUUGUCUAUGAUGUCCCAUCAAUCAAGGUAUCAAAUGGGGGUUGGAACUCCAAGAAGCUUGCAGGAGCAUGGCUCAAUUUCUGCUAUGAAUGCAUCAGGAGCUUCCCCAGCUGCACAGGACAUCAUAGUUUCAUAUGGUGAUAAUGCCAAUUCAGGUUCCUCACUUCAUGGGAAAAGGGAGAAUCAAGAUGGACAAACAUCACCUUUAUCCAAUUUCCCUAAAAGAAUGAGGCCUACUGAUGGAGCGCAACAGUCACAAAUAGGACUGCAUGUUGAUGCCCUUAAAGGGUCGGAUAUUAAUUGGCAAAAUACAUUAUUACAACAAUCACAGGUGAUGUCUAGAGGAAUCCAGUAUCAAAGUACUGGCAUUCAGAAGUUUCCGCAACAGGCUUUUGAAGGAAGGUUGAAUCAGGACGCGGGGCCUGUUCAGUAUGCUGCUGGUCAGCAGCCAAUGCUCAUGGUUGCUAAGGAAGAGCAGUUUGAAUUGGAUAAAUUAGAUGUCUCAGAGAUCAACCGGAAUAAAAGUGAAGUGCAGAUGGAAAUGGAUGCAAACCUUUUGGAUCCUCAACAGUCGCGACUUCAGCAAAGAUUACCACAGCAUGCAUUCAUGAGAUCUAAUUUCUCUCAGACAACCUGGAAUAAUCUGGGUCAGCAUAUAGAGAAAGAAGCAAGAAAAGAUGACCUGCACCAGAGAAGGAAACCAGUGCAGAGUCCUCGCUUAUCUGCUGGAGCAUUAGCUCAAUCCCCUUUAUCUUCUAGAUCAGGGGAAUUUUCUAAUGGUUCAGUUGGACCCAGUUUUGGACCAGCUUCGGCAGCUGCAGCAAUGGGAUCACAAAAAGAUAAAGCAGUAAUGUCAUUUCCUACUGCUGUGGGGACUCCACCUUUGACUUCCAGUGCUAAUGAUUCUACACAAAGGCAACACCAGGCGCAAGCAGCUGUAAAACGGAGGGCUAAUUCCCUUCCCAAGACCCCAGCAAUGAGUGGAGUAGGUUCUCCUACCAGUGUUAAUAACGUUAGUGUGCCAUUAAAUGCAAAUAGCCCCUCGGUUGGGACAUCAGCUUCGGUUGAUCAAUCUAUCCUUGAAAGGUUCUCAAAAUUGGAAAUGGUGACAUCGAGGCAUCAACUCAACUCCAAGAAGAACAAGGUUGAUGAUUAUCAUCCCAUAAGAAAGCCAAAUUCGUAUUCAUCACAGAACAUAGCAGUCUGUCUAGCUAAUGCAUCCACCAACGAGGCAUUGAAAGAUGAUCCAAAGUCUUUGUCAAAGUCACUUGUCGGUGGCAGUAUGAAUGUCAGCAAAAUAAGAAUUUUAAGCUUCUGGUUGCCUGAGCGUGUAGUCAAUGUAGUUCAAGGCAAUGUUUCUUUAGUUCCGAAGUUGCGAACGAGGUUAAUCAUGUCUGAGAAGCCAUCUGAUGGUACUGUUGCUAUGCAUUAUGGAGACAUCGAAGAUGAUGAUUUUUUGGCUGUCGAGGAUCAUCUUCCUACCUUACCUAAUGCUCAUUUUGCGGAUUCACUAGCAAUGCAGUUCAGUUUACUGAUGGAGCGGGAAGGAUACAUGAAUGAUGGCGAUCUCAUCCAACCAAAACCAAAUCGUGUGAACCAUCCAUCAGGCAGUCAACCUAGUGGAGUUACUGUAACUCAUAAUCCUGCGAUUGAAAUGCAGCAAUAUGGAGAAUCAAUUCCUUCUCAGUCAUCCAAUGACAUUGUAAAGCCAUCUGCUAGUGGCAAUCCUUCUCUAAACUCAUCUCAGAACCAUUUACCAAAUGCAAGAAUGUUGCCACCUGGAAACCCUCAGGCCCUGCAGAUGUCACAAGGACAUAUGUCAGGUGUUUCAAUGGCUCCAAGGCCACAGCAAGUGGACCCACAACAAUCAGUACAGCAGCAGCAGCAGCAGCAGCAACAACUGCAACAAAAUCAGCACUCGCUACUUCAACAACAAAAUCCACAGUUUCCAAGAUCUUCAGUGAUGCUUGGGACAAAUUCACUUUCACACUUAGGUGCAAUGGGGCAGAACUCCAACAUGCAGAUGGGCAAUCACAUGGUUAACAAGCCUUCACAUCACCAGGUGCAGCUGAUGCAGCAGCAGCAGCAGCAGCAGCAGCAACAGCAGCAGCAGCAGCAGCCACAAUUGCAGAGGAAAAUGAUGAUGGGACUUGGAAACUUUAGAAACAUGGUUGGACUUGGAGGCUUGGGAAGUUCUAUGAAUAUGGGAGCUGCAAGAGGAACUGGAAUCCCAGCACCAAUGGCAUCUAUGCCUGGCAUGAAUAUGGGUCAAAAUCCAAUGAAUCUUAGUCAGGCUGCAAGUAUUAGUAAUGCAAUAAGCCAGCAAUUGCGGACUGGAACAAUGACUCCAGCACAGGCUGAAUUAUUGACAUCAAGGUUUAGGUAUGCACGUGGGUUAGGGACUCCUCAGUCUAGCAUAGGGGGCAUUGCGGGAGCCAGACAAAUGCACCCUGGCUCUGCUAAUGUUUCGAUGUUGGGCCAGUCACUGAAUAGGGCUAAUAUGAGUCCACUACAACGAGUAGGACAUAUGGCUCCUCCUAAGUCGAUGACAGGGAUAAAUCUUUAUAUGAACCAGCAGCAGCAGCAACACCAACAACAGCAGCAACAGCAAUUGCAAUUACAACAGCAACUGCAGCAGCAACAAUUACAACAGCAGCUGCAGCAGCAACAAUUGCAACAGCAGCAGGAAACAACUUCACCAUUGCAGGCAGUUGUUUCACCCCCCCAGGUGGGCUCACCCUCUGCCAUGGGAGUUCCACCUCUGAAUCCACAAACCCAACAGCAACAAGCGAACCCACAGCAAAUGAACCAACGAACUCCGAUGAGCCCACAACAGUUGAGCUCAGGGGCAAUCCAUCCCAUGAGUGCUGGUAAUCCUGAACCAUGUCCAGCAAGUCCACAGUUGAGCUCUCAGACCCUAGGGUCGGUUGGUAGUAUCACAAACUCCCCUAUGGACAUGCAAGGCGUAAACAAGAGCAAUUCUGUCAGCAAUGCGUAGUGAAGUUGAAAGAGCUAAAAGGUCAAGAUCAAUGUCCCCUCCUCGUUGCUGAGUAAAAGCGACGUCAGAGCAAGAGAGUAAGAGUGUAAAUUUGUUCGUUGCCAAAAUUGGCAAUAAAAUUGCUGGGGCACGGAAUUGGGUGUGUGUGUGUGUGUAAUUUUUUUUACUUCUAAAUAAACAUAUAACAUGUGGUCUCCUCGGUGGUGAGAAAUUAAUAUGCCGCUUAGUUUCACUUCUAGGAUUAAUGGCAUGUAUCAUGUAAAUCGUUUGAUGCCCUCUAAAAACUUUGAUACGAAUUGCACGUUAGUAGUGAAUUCUUGGCAUAGUUGUAGCAUAUUAAAGCCAAUGAUCUUUUAUCUA